UUGAAUUUGUUAUUAUAUUGUAUAUUUUUAUUUUAUGUGGAAUAUUUGUUAGGUCCAAGUAAAUUAAUUUUGAUAUAUACAUACGCAUUAAAAGUGUUGGAAUGUUUUCAUUGAUUCAGGAAUUAAUUAGUAGUGAAAAGUGCAAAAAUUUGCAAGAAUUUUUGGAAAGGAUACGUAGUUCGCUUGAAUCUAAUAUUAAAAAAGCAGACUCUAUAUCUUCAGUUUUGAUAGAUAAAGAUUUUUUUGAUGAAGUUAAAAAUAUUGUUUUGUAUGGUCACAUACCUUUGUUUUUUGGUAAAUCUCUAAGAGACCUGAAAUGUAUUGUCGAGGAUGAUAACAAUAGGCAACAUGAAAUAUAUAUUCAUUAUAAUGGCCCUAAAAAAUUGUCCAUAACUUUAAUAUACAUACCAUAUUCUACAUUUCAAGAUCAAGAGUAUAGUUCCAUAGAGGAUAUCAUUGUGGCUUUUAAAAAGCAGUUAUCAUAUCUAAAAGACUAUUUAAAUGAAUUAGAGCGAAUAGAUAGGUUAUGUACUGUUAUGGAGCCUGUGAAUCCAACAUUUAAAGACAACUACAGAAGAAUUUUUCUUGAUAAUAGGUCCUGGUUGCAUGUUGAAGUUACAGCAGAAGGGUUAGGAAAUAACAUUAGUAUCUUGGGGAAUAGUGAUGAGUGGAGUGAGAAACUGCAGAGUAGACUCAUGGUAUGGGACCAUGAUAAAGAUAUUGUUGAAAACAUAAUGAAUGUCUUUGAUCUGAUUAAUUUUGCUUCACCACAAAAUAUAACAUGUCUUCCAGAAGUUGUAACUGACCAAGUACCAGUUUGUAAUAUUUGCCUCAGUGUCGAAUUGCCUGACAACUCAGGAGUACCACAACCCCUCUGUUCCAAUUCUAUUUGUGGUGUUUACUUCCAUAGAAAUUGUUUAUUCCAGUGGUUGGUAGCAAGUAGUGGUGGCCGCCAUCCAACCUUUGGAGUUGCAAGUGGGAACUGCCCAACCUGUCUGAAACCCAUUUCAUGCAGUGAAAAAGAUGGGUGAUUAUCACCAAUAAUUUUUAUUGUUUUUAAAAAAUUCGUAAAAAUAAUUUGAGCAAUCAUCAAAAUAUUUUAGUCAUAAAUUGUUGCUAUAUAUAUCUUACCCAUUUCUAUUUUUGGCAAAUUUACCAGUAAUAUGAAAUGCAAAUCAUAUAUGAACUGUGAUUUAGAAAUAAGAGAAUAAAUAAAUAGUUAUUGAACACUUUUUUUUUAUUAUAUGUUUAUGCUAAUUGAUAGAAAGUGAAAUAUAAAAUUCACUUUACCUUUUGUUUUGUUAAGUUUAUCAAAAAUUUAUUUACGAUGAUUGUUGAAUACCUACUAACAUUUAUAAGUAUGAAUAUAUGUACUGGUCUGGAAUAAAUGUAUUCCUAUUUAUUGGUAUUUUUUUUAUACUAUAAUGUAAAUGGUAGCUGAAACACUUAUGUUGUCGACUCUUAAGAAAUCUUAAUGUAAAAAUAUUAGUAAACAAUUUUUAUCGUUACUAAUUAUUUAAAAGCGUGCUCUUGUAACGAACUAAAAACUAUAUCAUAAAACAAGUUGCACAAGAUACAUUCUUCCAACUAAUGUUUUAGAAAUAUAGACCUUUAGAGCUAUCAGUUAUUUGAGAAAAAUGUGGUUGCUGAUUGUAUUAAGUUUUUUGUUUAUUUACGCUAAAAU